AUGGAGAAGGAGCAUCAGCCAGACUCAAUGGCUACUAUCACCAUGAAACCGGAGUACCCGCCAUCUGAAGUGUACAGCGCUUCCGAGCCUCCACCGGCUUAUCGUCAAAGGAUGUCUUCAUCGGUCCAAAUCGCAAGGAUCGCUGCUAUAACUGUGAUCGCCUCAUCGUUUAUUUUGGGCUCAUUCAUUCUGGCUUCAAGCUGGGUAGCAGCUCGAUCAUCAUGCCAUCAGCUUGAACAGCUCGAUGCUAUGCUUGACAAGGAACUAGCUCUGGAAGGAAGGCCUUAUGGAAACGAUGCGCUGAUGCCGGAACCACUUCCCGUGGCGAAUGCUCAUGCAUUACAUGGUCAGCCUCCAUUGGCUGAAGAGACUACAGCAGCGCCUGUUCAACCCAAGCUCUCUCCUGAUAGCUUGCUCAAAGAAGAUCCUCUUAAUCAUGAAGAAUCCAAGAUCGAUGAGGACAAACUACAGAAAAUUGAUGAUGAUAAGGCUGACACGGCAAAUUCUAGCAGCGAUGAGAGCUCUGAGUCUGAAAACUCGAGCGAGGACGAAGAUGACGACUUCAUCAGACCAUUGAUCAAGAUGCCCACAAACCUUGACCUUACAGAAUUACUUCGUGCUUCCUUUCCUAGCAAUCAAAAAGAUCGCAUGAACUGCGUCGUCGAGCACCGCAAUGAAAAUCCCAUAGAGCGUAGAUUCCCAUUCAACAUCCUAGGAGCACUCGCGCCUCAAGCUAAGGGCGAACGCAUCUCCAUCAUCUGCCAUGAACACGACGACAGAGCCAUGCCAGUAUUCCCUGACCCCCAGUCUCAAGUGUUCGCUUUCCCCCUGACGGGUCCAGUUCGUUUGCCGCUCCGCCCCGCCCCGGAACAGAGAGAGCCUAGAGGACCCUUCCAGAUGCCGCAGAGGCCUUUCCUACCUCAGAUGCCAUGGGACUCAUCGGAGGAUUCGAUGAAUCCACGUGAGAUGCGCAUUCACGUGCAGCGUGUGUUUGCCAUACCCACACACAACAUGCCCCCACAGGACACCAUGGGUCCAUUCCCACCACCACCCCCCCCACAGUCCCAGGAACAACAUCAGCGUGAAGAACAGGGUCCCAUGGAGGCCCCACGUCAGAUGCGAGUGAUUGCCAUCCCAGCCCCACAAAACAUGAACAAUGAUAACAUGGGCCCAUUCCAACCCCCGCCGCUACCUCAGGAACAAAAUGAGCAACAAGGCGUUCUUCACCAAUUCGUUCCUCAGCCAGCGCCUACACAAGAAUUAGAGCAACCUGAAAUGAAGCUGCCAUGGGAGAUCUUCCCAGAGGAACUCCACCGUUCCGUGCAGGAGGCCGUCGCCAAUCAACAACGCCAGCAGAUGGAUAAUGACAAUGACAUGCAGGAGGUGAAAACGAUAGUAAAUACGUUGGCAGCAGCGGAAAUGGAAGCGGAGCAGCGUGAGCAGGCUCAAUCAGCACAAGAUGGACAGAGGGCGCCACGCACGCUUCUGUUACCACAAGAGAUGGCUGACCAACGACCACAUUAUAUGCAGCCGCGUUCGGUUCGCGCAGCUCGUUCGGUGAAUUCACCUCUGCUUCGUGAAAAACGCGUCAAGCGUUGCUCUUGCGACUGCAUUUAA